ACUGAUUUCCACUGCUCGGUCACUGCUGGUUAUAAUCUGAGGUCUUCCUGCAGGGUGUUUUGUGCUGAUAUUCUUAACCAUGAAGCGAGAAGUGCAUCUCUUAAACUUUCUAAUAACUUUCCCUCUCAUCAGUGGAACACCGUUUUAUUACAACAUGUUUCAGGGAAACGCAUAUUCUUCCCACGAAACGCGACAGAGAAACAAAAACUGGUGCGCCCACGUUGUGCACAAGAAUGUGAGCUGCGCUGUGGUUGGAGGCACGGAGAGCUUUGCGCAACCGGAGUUUUUACCUUGUCCACUGGAGCAGCCAAACUGCGUGCAACAAGUGAUAUAUCAAACACAUUUUAGGCCCACAUACAAGAUUGGCUAUAAGAUUGUGACAGAACUGCAGUGGAAGUGCUGCCCGGGGUAUCAGGGUUACGACUGCAAGGAGGUGAAAGACAUGAAACUUCUCCAAGCAGACCGUUCGCCCCAUGCCUCUUCAAACUCUGGCUAUUUUCCACAUCCACAAGCUCCUAAUCAGAGGACAGAGCAACAGAGAAACCAUCCAUCAACAUGGGAGGGGCAGAUCAGAGGUCAAACAGUUUCCACGGCACCACAGAGUCAAGGAAGACCUCAGAGUGCACAACACCUAGAGGAGGAGGUGCAGCAGUUGUCCCAGAUGGUCCUGGACAUGCAAGCCAGAAUGACAGACAUGGCCUCCAACCUGAGGCUGGAUUUCCAGGAGGAUGCAAGCAAGAUGUUGGCUACCCUGCUGGGCAACCUAAAACAGCCUGCCAGUGCUCAGAGGGGAGAGACAGAGAGCUUUCAGGUGCAGGAUUUCUCUUUCGGUCAAGAGGGCACAUCAAUGGAUGAGGUCAUGAACAAGAUAAACCAAGUCGCGGAUGAUCUGGAGUCAAAGAGCAAUAUCUUGAAUAACUUAGUGAGUCGAGUUGACCUUCACGAUGGACAAAUUCGUCUGUUACUGGAGACUGGUCAGAAACCUCUAUCCACAGUCCAACCUGCCCCUGCGGGCACUGAUGCUGACCUGCGAGCCUACCUGGACGGCAAGAUCAGCGCUCUGCGAGAAGAGUUGAUGGAGGGCAUGGACAUAAAAAUGGCCGACCUGAAGAACUCUUGUGAUUAUAAAAUCCUCUCAGUUCAGGAACACUGUGAAGGACAGGAGGCCAGCUACCUCAGCUUGACUGAACUCAUGGAGUCAAAGGAAGAAGACCUCCGCAACGAGAUCCAGGACCUCAAAACAAAAGUAUCUGAUCUACAGACGGCACAACCAGGGGAUUCGUACUCUGUUCUGCUUCGCCUGCAAAACCUUGAAAACCAUCUGAACUCAACUCAAAGGAGUUUGGUGGCGCAGUGCGUCUCUGUAGGGGAAAACCUUCGGAACGAGCAGGAAGAGAUAGUCAAAGACCUGAAGAAGACAUUGGACAACAAGCUGGCAUCCAUUCAGGAUCAACUCUUGAACCAACUGGCAGGAACAAACACAAGCUUCACAUUUAGGAGUCCAAAUGCUCUUCUGAAAGAUAUUAACUCUUUAAAGGAUUCAGUUAAUAAUCUGGAGUUUAAAGUCAACAAUCUGGACCGUCCAUGCUCAGGAGAGUGCAAAGCUAAUUUAACUGCCUUAGAAAACCUUCAAAAAGACUUUCAGAGCUAUAAAUCUGCUGUAGAUGACAUCAAGACACAUCUGAAUGUACAAAUGAGGGACUUUGAAUUCAUGAAGGAUCAGCUCGUCAGCAUCAACAACAGCAUUGACAACAGAGACUUAAGUGACCGUCUGAACAGAGAAGAAGACUCAGGAUUAGGUGAAGCAAAGCAGCAGAAUAUGAGCUCCCCCUGGAGUCUAGCUAAAGAUGGGGCAAUGCAGGACACUGAUGAUCUUUUGGAGCUUCACAAGGUGCAACACCAGGAGCUGAGACAGCGUUUGGAUGAGUUGGGCAGGGAGGUGAAAGCUGAGAAUGACAGAUGCAGAGAAACAACUCGCGACAUGGGGGAGGAACUUGCCAGCAUGGACAGCCGGAUUGUUAAUGUUGAGGCUCUGUGCAGUAAGCUAGACCCCAUCUCUGUCAGGCUUCUGAGGAUUAAAGAAGGCCUGAACAAGCACAUCACUGGGCUGUGGAGCUGCGUGGACCAGCUGAACGGCACGGUCCGAACUCAUGCUCAGGAUAUUGAAGGACUGAGCGGAAAGUGCCAGACGCUUCAAAAUCAAAUCCUGAACAUAGCUAAAGACAUUCCCACCAAAACUUAUGGCUCUCCUGGGAAGGAAGGUGCCAGUGUUGGACCGGUGGAUGGAGGAUCUCCCCGGGUUUCAGCUGAGAGUUUUAGAGUGUUAGCUGUCCCUCCAGAGCCUUCCCUUCAGCAUCUACCUGUGAUGGAGACAGGAGAGGCAGGCCCACCAGGAGAAAUGACCAAAGUGACGGACCUCAACAUGAUGUCUGUUCAGGGGUUUGCUGGAGCUCCAGCUACCGCAAAAGACUCCUUAAAAACCAGCAGACCUCUAAUCUCAGAUGUGACUAUGCCUCCAAGAUCCCCAAAGCAGAAAACUAGCACAGCUUCAGGUGAGAAGGUGUCCUUCUCGGCUGGUUUGACUUUCUCACCAUUCCCAGAAGAAGCUGGAAUAAUCCGAUUCAACAGGGUGCUGGUCAACGAUGGAGGACAUUAUGACCCUCACACAGGCAUCUUCACCGCUCCAACAGAUGGUCGCUACCUGGUGACGGCCGUGCUUGUCCCCCAGAGAGGCGAGAAGGUUGAGGCCGUGCUCUCAGUGUCCAACAGAAACAUCCAGAUGCUGGAUUCAGCAGGCUUCUCCUCUGAGGUCACUGCGCCGCUCUCGCCAGAGCACUGCAGCUGCAGCGGCUCGACCUCACUGAGUCUGGUUGUUUCGAUGAAGCAAGGAGACCGAAUGGGACUCAUGUUGACCGCUGGGAAACUCGCCAUCUCUGACCCCCCGGAGAUCCUGUCAUCUUUUAGUGCUGUGCUUCUGUACGGCAGCCCGAUAAAACGAUAGCUGCUCUGACUCUUUGUUACGCAAACAACUGAGAAGGAGCAUUUUUACCUGGUUGGGUUAAAUUAUCAAAACAUGGCAACACUCUAUUUAAGACAAGCAAAUGAGACGGUCUGCAUUAUGAGGACUAAUAUAUAGUUGCUAUGUUUUGUUUUGCUUUCAUGGCUCAAAAGAAUUGAAACGCGCACACACACGCAUCUUGUCAGAGACUAAAUAUAAACAAGCUUUGUGGUCUUAAAUGCAAUCUUUUUAAUUUUUUUUUCCAAUUUAAGACAUGUCUUCACAAUUUAAUAAAACAACAGCACAGG